GUUGGUUGCCAUGGAGCGUUCUCUCUGUUCUCCACCUGUCAGCGGCUGGGAGAAGGUCAACCAGAACAAAAUCUUUGAACUUCUACAUACCGUAUUCUGCACUCUAACAGCAGCCAUGCGUUAUGAACCUGCCAACUCGCACUUCUUUCGCACUGAGAUCCAGUACGAGAAGCUGGCCGAUGCAGUGCGACUUUUGGGAUGUUUUUCCGAUUCUAAGAAAGUUGGUCCAGCAACCGUCUUCCCCUCUAAUGCCCAGCCAUUCCAGCGGUUACUGGAGGAUGAGAUCAUACCUGCAGAAAACGUUUGUCCCACUCUUAAGCACUGCAGCAAGCUGUUCAUCUACCUGUACAAGAUGGCCACAGACUCAUUUGACAGUCGUGCCGAGCAGGUGCCCCCCUGCCUGACUCACGAGACCUCGUUGCCCUCUCCUUGGGGCACGCCAGCAAUCGCCAGGAAGAGGUACCGCUUUCUGCCACCUCUUCCUUUUCUCCCUCUGUCUUUUCCUUUUUUUUCUGUUCUGUGCUCGUCGAGUGAUCAGACCAUUUUUUCCCCAGCUUUGUUAGCGGUGCUGCGCGAGAGCCACCGCACACGCACCGUCUUCCGCAAG